AUGCAUUUAGAUAGCUAUAAUGAGGAAUUGCGUCUUGCGUUUGAAUUUCAAGGCUCUCAAUACUACCAUCAACAAAAGAUACAUGAUCAGAAGAAACAUACUCUAAUCAAGAAAGGAUUCUUAAAUAGUUCUUCUAGUUAG